UCUCGCUGUCACUCGAAAUCGCGACAACCGAUCGCAAAUCGUCGAAGGUUUUCACUCGUGAGCUGCGAAACCAAAAUAAAGGAACUUUAUCUCGCGUUAAAAUACCGAAAAUGGCCAGCCGGAUGAUUAUUUCCCCCGUGAUCCGUGCCGUCGGAGUUCGCAGCAUCACCACUCAGGUUCUGGCCUCCCGUUGUGCUGCCAUCAAGGACGAAAUCACCCACACCGGACAGUUCUACGAGGAGAACGACUAUCGGAAUGCCCGCUUCGUUAACGCCACCAAGGUGGUGAACCCGAACUGGGCCAUCAAGAUGAUCGACGAAGCGCCCAUCAUCAUGAGCAGCCAGCGAGUCGUUUAUUGCGACGGUGGCAACGAACCGGCCCUCGGACAUCCCAAAGUGUACAUCAACCUGGAUAAACCCGGUGCCCAUGCUUGUGGAUAUUGCGGACUGCGGUUCCAGAAGAAGGAUGACCAUCACCACUAAAGAUUGUUACGGCAAGAUGAUGUUUAGCAAUGUUUAACUGUAAUAUUUUGUCGCUUGAGUGAAUCACGGAAAUAUGCUAAAAUUGAACGGAUAAUAACUAGCAAAGAGGUA